AGCAUGACUGCAAAAAAUCAUUCGACAGUGACUGAAUUUAUUCUUGCUGGGUCAACUCACCAGGAAGAGCUCCAGCUCCCCCUCUUCAUUCUCUUCUUAGUGAUCUAUGUAGCCAAUGUAGUGGGGAAUUUGGCCUUGAUCCUGUUAAUUGUACUGAAUUCACAUCUUCACACUCUGAUGUACUAUUUAAUCAGCAACUUGUCCUUCAUUGAUCUUUGUCAUUCUUCUGUCAUCACACCCCGAAUGCUGAUUAGCUUCUUGUCAGAGACAAACACCAUCUCUUACCCUGAGUGCAUGAUUCAGCUCUGUUUCUUUCACAUUUUUGCUAUUGCUGAAUGCCACAUGUUGGCAGCAAUGGCAUAUGACAGGUAUGUUGCCAUUUGCAGUCCCUUACUAUACAAUGUCAUUACGUCCUAUCAAGUUUGCUCUUUUCUUGUAAUGGGAGGGUACUUUCUGGGGAUUAUUAAUUAUACUAUCCACACAGGCUUCAUGCAGAGAUUGUUGUUUUGUAAGGCCAAUGUGGUCAACCAUUACUUCUGUGAUCUCUUUCCACUCUUAAGCUUCUCUUGCUCCACUACUUACAUCAAUGAAAUGUUGAUUUUAUGUUUCAGUGCAUUUAAUAUACUUGUCCCUACCCUAAGCAUCCUUAGCUCUUACAUCUCUAUCAUCAAGAGCAUCCUCCGCAUCCAUUCCGCUGAGGGCAGGUACAAAGCUUUCACCACUUGCACCUCCCACAUUGUUGCUAUUAUUCUUAGUUAUGGCUCUGCCAUGUUUGUAUAUCUGCAGCCAUCUUCAAUCAACUCUAUGGACCGAGGAAAAGUAUCUUCUGUGUUUUACACUAAUAUAUUUCCCAUGCUGAAUCCCCUCAUUUACAGCCUCAGGAAUAAAGAUGUUAAAAUUGCACUGAUAAAAACCCUUGAAUAA